CAAAUUCCCCCUGCCAGCGCAUCCUAUCCUAGGCAUACUCUGAUACUUCUGAUCUUCUUCUUUAAAACCCCGACCACCCAGCGUCACUCCCAUUACCCGCGUAACAGUCAAGAGACAAUCACUGGCCCCGGCGCAAUGGAGCGUCAACUCCUUUAUCCCACUAACCUGCGCGUCUCGACCUCAACCUCCUUAACCGGCGCCACAUAUUGGACGACGUUCUACUCUGAACACACCCACAAACCAAACCCAACAAUCCGCUGCCUCCGUUUAUCGAAACGGAGCUCCGACCCGUCUCUGACGAAGGAGCAGAAGAAUCUGUCUCAACUCCUCCGAACGGACGCCGCCGUGAGAAACAUUGAGAGGAAAGCCAACUCCAAGAAGUACAACAACCUUUGGCCCAAAGCCGUUUUGGAGGCUCUGGACGAGGCUAUUGCAGCCAAUCUCUGGGAAACUGCUCUCAAGAUUUUUGGUCUACUUCGUAAGCAGCACUGGUAUGAGCCGAGAUGCCAAACGUACACCAAGCUGCUGAUGAUGCUUGGCAAGUGCAGGCAACCUGAGCAGGCCAGCUUGCUUUUUGAGCUCAUGUUGAGUGAUGGGCUCAAACCUACUGUUGAUGUCUACACAGCUCUUGUUAGUGUUUAUGGCAAAAGUGGCCUCCUUGACAAGGCAUUCUCUACCGUCGAUGAUAUGAAGUCAGUUUCUGACUGCAAACCAGACGUAUAUACAUAUUCUAUUCUUAUUAAUUCCUGCACCAAGUUCAAUCGUCCUGACCUGAUUGAACGAGUUCUUGCUGAGAUGUCGUACCUGGGGAUUGGAUGCAACACAGUCAUAUACAAUACCCUAAUUGAUGGAUAUGGUAAGGCUGAAAUGUUUGAACUGAUGGAGGAAACGUUGACAAAUAUGAUUGAAAGUGGCAGCUGCCUUCCUGAUGUUUUCACUUUCAAUUCUUUUCUCAGUGCUUAUGGGAAUUGUGGGCAGACAGAGAAGAUGGAGAAGUGGUAUGAUGAAUUUCAGCUGAUGGGAAUAAGGCCAGACCCUAAGACAUUCAAUAUCCUGAUUAAAUCAUACGGGAAGGCAAGAAUGUACGAAAAGAUGAGAUCUGUUAUGGAAUUUAUGGAGAAAAGGUUUUUCACCCCAACUAUUGUUACUUAUAAUAUUGUAAUUGAGGUAUUCGGUAAAGCUGGAAAUAUUGAGAAGAUGGACGAAUACUUCCGAAGAAUGAAGCAUCAAGGAAUGAAGCCCAACUCUAUCACCUAUUGUUCUCUUGGUAGUGCGUAUAGCAAAGCUGGGAGUAUAAGUAAAGUUGAUUCCAUUUUGAGGCAAGUAGAGAAUUCGGAUGUCAUGUUAGAUACACUUUUCAACUGUAUUAUUAGUGCUUAUUGUCGGGCUGGUGACCUAAGAAAGGUGAGUGAACUGUUUUUAGCAAUGAAAGAGAAAAAAUGUGUGCCUGAUCAUAUCACAUUUGCUACCAUGAUCCAAGCCUACAAUGAACGAGGCAUGAAUGAGGCUGCUCAAGACUUGAAAAAUAGGAUGAUUACCACCAAGGAAAAUUCAGGCACAAGGUUGAUUGGAUGCUAGUACGCUCAUCUUAAUGAAGAGCUAUCUUCAAAUAUAAACAAUUUGAACUU